CGCGCCAGCUCCAGCGGUUUUGCGGGUCGCGUGGCAGUGACGCCACGGCGGCGGGCGCUGAUGCGGCGCGCUCUUUUUGGACCAGGCCUGGUGAGCCGGCGGCUGAGCGGGCCUGACCCCACGCCCCCUGCCGGGCACCCCGCUCCCUCCUCGGGCGGCCCCGAGAAAACGUGCAAAGCCGGGUCCGUGCACUGCCUACUGCCCGCGCGCGUCUCCUUGGGUUUGUCACGGUUCUGUGACCCCUAAAGGUUGAGGGCUACGGAAUUGGAGAGGUGCCAAGCUGGCGCUCUGCAGGCUGUGGCGGGCCGCGGGGUGCAGGCGGCCAUGGGCCGGGCCGGGGAGGGCAGAACCACCGCAAGACCGCCGUUAAAAUACAAGUCCUGAGCCUCCAGACGCUGGUUAAGGAGGCCGCCUGCCAGUCAGCCCUGUGCGAUCCGCUCCUUGGCUUUCAGAGGGCGACGUGCAGCCCGGGUGAGACGCUUUCCCACGCGCUGAGGGCCCGGAGCUGAGACGGGGUGGGCAUGGCCAGCAUCACCCAGCUGUUCGACGACCUGUGCGAGGCCCUUCUGCCCGCUGCAAAGGCUCACCUGGGCCAGCGCAGCGUGAGCCGAAAGGAGGCCAAGCAGAGCCUCAAGAGGGUGGCCUACAACGCUCUUUUCACGAAACUUUUUCGAGAUGAGACUCAUAAGCUGCAGCCUGACCUCUGGAAAGUCCCAGUGAAAAACAAGAUGCUCAUGCUGUCCUUUGACUUAAGAGUCGGUGGCCUGGGCCCCGAGGCUGAUCGUUUGGAGGAGCUGGUAGAGAAACUCGAAGCCGCCCCCUGCUGUCCGCUUGGGGAGGUGCGGUCUGUUUUGGACCUCCUGGUCCAGCUGGCAGGGAGUGGGCCCCCUCAAGUGCUGCCACCCAAACGGGACUACUUCUUCAACAACAAGCACGUUGGGAGAAACGUGCCUUACAGCGGCUACGACUGCUAUGAUCUGAGUGUGUUUGAGAUGGACGUUCAGUCUCUGAUCUCCAGAGAGGAGUAUUUAUGUCAGGACACGAUCCAGAAAGCGCUUCAGGUGAUGGAGGCGACGCCGGGCACCGGUCUGCCCUCUGUCGGGCUCUUCUCGUACGGUGACCCUUGCGGUGACAGGUUUGAGAGAGACACCCGGGCCUCGUUCUUCGGAGCCCUGGUGCACAGCCGCACGUACGACAUGGAUGUCAGACUGGACUUGCCCCUGGUGCCAGGCAGCGUGGACCUGUCUGGACUGUGUAUUAAGGUACAGUCCACCUCUCCUGCCUGCAGCUGUGGAGGCGUUUGGAAAGCCUCCUUUGAUCUUCCUUCUGUCACGGUAAAGGUUCCUCAGAGUGUGGAUCAAUCGGAAGAUGAAGGGUUCCAGUCAGCAUCCAACUUGACUCCUGAUUCCCAGUCUGAACCAGGCAUGACCCCCGACAUGGACCUGUGGGAGGCCGUGCUCACCUAUGAGGCCAGCAAGCGGAGGUGCUGGGAGCAAGUUGGCUGCGCCCCUGGCCACAGAGAGGAGCCCUACCUCACCGAGGCGGGAAGGGAGGCCUUCGACAGGUUCUGCAGGCUCCGCCUGGGGGAGCUGCAGGUGCUGGGCGGGGCCCUCCCACAGGCCUCGCGGCCCCUCCUGGUGAAGGAGCACGAGCUGGUGAAGGACGCCCUGAACGUGCUGAUUGGGGUUGUGUCCUCCACGUUUCCCCUCUGCCAGGCGACUCAAGCCUUCAUGGUGAAGCGGGGCGUCCACGUGUCGGGAACGUCCCCCGAGAGCAUCAGCAGCCUACUGUCAGACGUGGCCGAAUGCGGGACGUACUACACACGCCUGAGUCACUUCUCUCUGCAGCCGGUGCUGGACUCCUCGUGCAGCAAGGGCCUCGUGUUCCAGGCCUUCACCAGCGGCCUGAGGAGGUACCUGCAGUAUUACCGGGCUUGCGUCCUUGCCACUCCGCCCACCCUGAGCCUCCUUACCAUUGGUUUCCUCUUCAAGAAGCUGGGCCGGCAGCUCAGGUACCUCGCUGAGCUCUGUGGUGUGGGCACCUGCGGAGGAGAGCCUAGGACUGCGUUCCCCACUGGGGUGAAGCUGCUUUCCUACCUGUACCAGGAGGCCCUGGACAACUGCAGCAAUGAGCACUACCCAGUGCUGCUGUCUUUGCUCAAGACCAGCUGUGAGCCCUACACGAGGUUCAUCCACGACUGGGUGUACAGUGGGGUCUUCCGAGACGUGUAUGGCGAGUUCAUGAUCCAGGUGAACCAUGAGUACCUGGGCUUCAGAGAUAAGGCGUACUGGACCCACGGCUACGUGCUCCUCUCCAAGGAGGUGGAGGACUGUGUGCCUGCCUUUUUGAAGCAUGUCGCUCAGGACGUGUACGUCUGCGGCAAGACUGUCAACCUGCUGAAGCUCUGCUGUCCCCGGCAUUAUCUCUGCUGGUCCGACGUCCCUGUACCCCGGAUCUCGGUGAUUUUCUCCCUCGAGGAGCUGAAGGAGAUAGAGAAGGACUGUGCCAUCUACGUGGGGCGCAUGGAGAGGGUGGCACGUCACAGCUCCAUCAGCAAGGAGGAGAAGGAAUUGCGAAUGGAAAUUGCGAAACAAGAGUUAAUCGUCCACGCCCGCGAAGCGGCGUCCCGGGUGCUGAGUGCGCUGACUGAUCGGCAGAUGUCUGAGCGGAUGGCCGUGGAUGCCCGGAAGCGAGAGCAGUUUCAGAGGCUGAAGGAGCAGUUUGUGAAGCACCAGGAGCGACGCCGGGCGGCCAGGCAGCAGGAGCUGGACGACGACUUCAGCUACGCCCGUGAACUUCGCGACAGGGAGCAGAGGCUGAGGGCCCUGGAGGAGCAGCUGGAGCGGAAGGCGAGGCAGGCGCUGGUUGACCGUUAUAGCAAGUUGUCUGCAGAGGCAGCCCGUCGCGAGCAGAAGGCGCUGUGGAAAAUCCAGAGGCACAGACUGGCGAGUGCACGGCUCCGCUUUCUCUUAGAAGAUCAGGAGCGCAUUCAGGCCAUGCUGCAGGAUGUGUCGGAGGGGAAGCCCUUGGAGCCGCUGGCCAUCCUCCCGAGUGCACGUUCCCAGGCCCUGUCUCCGGGCCCCGAGUGCCCCGAUGGAGGCAGCAGCUGUGAUUCUGGCUGUGCAGAGCAGCAGGUGGCUUCCUGGGAUGGCCUGAGCCGGCCAGGCGUGUGGGCACCACAGCCCCUGGAGCCUCCAGUGGGGGCCUGCAGCUCAGGGCAGGUGGAGGGGUCGGAGCCGUCCUCUGCAGGCCUCAGCAUCCAAGACGUCCUGCCCACGGGGCGGGGGCCUGAGCAGCCUGUACUCACUGGCGUGGCCCCUGACCUGGGGGAGGCAUUACAGAUCAUCGGCUCAGCCCUGCCCGCCUCAGCUCCAUCCGCAGCAGCGGGCACAGGGCCCUCUGGGCCGCAGGAGUACGAUUUCAGAACCAUCCUGAGGCCAGCUGUGGUCACCUCAGCCCCCCCAGGGUCCCUGCAGACUAUAGGAGGCGGCUUGGGCUGUGAGGGGCUGCAGCUGUGUGGGAAUGCACAUGUGCAGCUGGACACUUGUGUCCCGGAGGGGCAGGUGGCUCUGCCUCACCCACUCCCACCCAGGAACAACCCCCGCCAGGAGGGGAGCAGCCCGGCCAUCAGGCAGCUCCUUGGACAUGUGUCAGAGGCUGGUGUUCUCACAGGGGGUUAUGCUUCCAGAAUGGCGCCCUCCCGGCCACAGGGGAACGUUCACGGGCACGUGUCUGAUGCCAGCAUCAGGGUGGGGGAGAACGUGUGUGACGUGGCGCCCUCCCGGCCACGGUGGAACGUCCACGGGCAUGUGUCUGAUGCCAGCAUCAGGGUGGGGGAGAACGUGUGUGAUGUGGCGCCCUCCCGGCCACGGUGGAACGUCCACGGGCAUGUGUCUGAUGCCAGCAUCAGGGUGGGGGAGAACGUGUGUGACGUGGCACCCUCACGGCCACGGUGGAACGUCCACGGGCAUGUGUCUGAUGCCAGCAUCAGGGUAGGGCAGAACGUGUGUGACGUGGCGCCCUCCCGGCCACGGUGGAACGUCCAUGGGCACGUGGCUCAGUCCCAGGUGAUGCUGGGGGAGCUUCCAGAGGAAGCCCAGCCUGAUACGCCCAGGCCGCACCAGAGCCCCCCUGCCCACGUGUCCCAGUCUGGCGUCAGCCUGGGAGCACAGAGCCCGGCCUGGGAACAUGAGCCCCAGCCUCCUGCAGAGCUGGCCUCACACAGCUCCUGCUCUGACUCCGGGGAAGAGAGUGGCCUGCAGGCCUCACCAGCUGCCAUGGCUGCGCCUCGCGAUCUGGGAGACAGCAUUUCUGAGGAGCCAGGCCCAGGAAGGAGUGGGGACACUGACAACUGCUCUUCAAGUCGGCCUUCCAGCUCCCAGGAAGGUGCAGCCGCCGAGAGCAGCGUGGGCCUCAGGGAGGAGGCGGAGGCAGCGGCAGCGCCGUGUGGGGAUGGGGAGCAGGCCUACCUGGCAGGCCUGGUGAGGCGGUACCGCCUGGAGCAGUACCCGGACAGCUACGAGGCCAUGUCAGAGCCUCCAGUCGCCCGCCUCCUACACCAUGGGCUGCCCUACCUGAGGACACCCACUGCCCUCCCCGAGGACCCCCACCACCACCCAGACACAGAUGAGACCGCCGUGCAGCUGAGUGAGCUGCUGCCGCUGCCUGUUCUCAUGAAGCACUCGGUCACCGCCCCGCUGGCCGCCCACGUCUCUUUGGUGAACAAGGCCGCUGUGGACUACUUCUUCGUGGAGCUGCGCCUGGAGUCCCACUUCGAGGCUUUGCGCCACUUCCUGCUGAUGGAGGACGGCGAGUUCGCCCAAUCCCUCAGCGACCUGCUCUUCGAGAAGCUCGGGGCCGGCCAGACACCCGGAGAGCUGCUGAGCCCACUGGCGCUGAACGCAGUGCUGAGCAAGGCGCUGCAGUACAGCCUGCAUGGCGACUCCCCGCACGCAGCCAACCUGUCCUUCGCCCUCAAGUUCCUGCCCGAGGCCUUUGCGCCCAACGCCCCCGACGUACUGAGCUGCCUGGAGCUCAGGUACAAGGUGGACUGGCCUCUCAACAUCGUCAUCACGGAGAGCUGCCUGAGCAGGUACGGCGGCAUCUUCUCGUUCCUGCUGCAGCUGAAGCUCAUGAUGUGGACGCUCAAGGACAUCUGCUUCCACCUGAAGCGCACGGCCCUGCUGAGCCCCGCGGCUGGCUCCGUGCAGCUCCGCCAGCUGCAGCUGUUCAAGCAUGAGAUGCAGCACUUCGUGAAGGUCACCCAGGGCUACAUCGCCAACCAGAUCCUGCACGUCACCUGGUGUGAGUUCCGGGCCAGGCUGGCGGCCGUGGGCGACCUGGAGGAGAUCCGACGGGCCCACGCUGAGUACCUGCACAAGGCGGUGUUCAGGGGCCUGCUGACAGAGAAGGCGGCGCCGGUCAUGAACAUCAUUCACAGUGUCUUCAGCCUCAUCCUCAAGUUUCGCAGCCAGCUCAUCUCCCAGCCCUGGGGCCCGGCUGAGCACCCCAACUUCGCCCUCAUGCAGCAGUCCUACAGCACCUUCAAGUAUUACUCCCAUUUCCUCUUCAAAGUGGUGACCAAGCUGGUGAACCGCGGCUACCAGCCCCACCUGGAGGACUUCCUGCUGCGUAUCAACUUCAACAGCUACUACCAGGACGCCUGAGCGGGCGCCAGGCCGGGCCAGUGACCACACAGACUCGGGGCAGGACGGGACGGGCGCUGCCGCUCACUUUAUUCAG